GUAGAAAUGAGUUCCAACGGUCAAGGUGAUGGUUUAUCUAGCAAGGAAGCGGAAAGCUGCGUCGAACACUUUCCGUUCCAGCAGAGCGACAUUGCCAAGUUCAUCAUGAACUACCUGGUAGAGGAGGGAUUCAAAGAGGUGGCCGAGGAAUUUCAACGUGAGUCCGGUAUCGCACCAUCCGCCAAUCUCAGUUCACUUGACGUUCGUUUUCUAAUCCGAGAAACAGUGCAGAACGGAUGCAUACAGGAGACGAUCCGUCUAGUUAAUCAGCUCCACCCGGAGCUGUUCAACAACGAUCGUUCCGUGUACAUUCAUCUGCAACAGCUCCAGGUCGUAGAGCUCAUUCGUGAUGAAAAAAUCGAGGAAGCCCUCACAUUAGCCCAAACACACUUUCCAGAGGCAAGUUUGAGCGAUCAGGUUAACAUAGAACGUACGAUGGCCCUCUUGGCAUUCAAACCCUCCUAUCAGUCUCCAUUCGCUGAUCUACUUGGGCAAUCGUAUCGUCAAAAGAUCGCAAAUGAACUGAACGCUGCCAUCAUUAAGUUUGAGCAAAAAGAGGAUCAAAAGUUAAGCCCGCUGAUGAACGUACUGAAACUGAUCCUCUGGGCGCAGGGCGUGCUGGAAAAGAAGACAGUGAAGUACCCGAAAAUGAUCGAUCUCUCGAUGGCGGUGAUGGAUCCCAAGUAUCUGUCUUAG